AUAGUAUAUUUCCUAUUUUAAUUUAGCGAUUUAAACCAUAAGUAAGCCAAUGAUGUUCAUAAUUUUAUGAUCAUUGUUUCGUAAACAAGAUAUUUAAAAUGUCAUCUAAGCUACCAAAAGCGGCACUGAGUCUUAAGCAGUUUAUGCUGCGCCAAGAAGUUUUGAAGCUAUACAAGGAUAUAUUUAGAACACUACGAUACGUAGCUGACGAAUCGACGCGCCAAGAGUUGAGGGAAUGGGCCAGAACUGAUUUCAGGAAUAACAAACAUCUUACCGAUGAAGCGACGAUAAAAUCUAUGUUGUUUUAUGGGAAAAAGUCGUUACAGGAUUUAGAAAAAUCAUUAGCUUUAAGUAGAUCAUGAAAAUAAACUU